ACAGGUGUGAAACACGCGCGUCGAUGAUAAAUAAUAAUUAUGUUUUAAUUCAAGACGUAAUUUUGUGUGCAAAGCCCGUAUCUUAGUGCGAAGCUGAACCUUAAAAUGAAAGUGUUAUAUAUAUUAUGGAGUUUACUCUUAGUGCAAAUAUCAGCACGGUCAUUUCACGAUGAGCUACAUAGCGCCAUACAUUCAGUCGAGCGAGGUUUCGGUCAUCUAUUAAGUGACGUUGUUGUUGACGUGACAGACACACUCCACUGCACAAUAUCCGCCGUUGAACAUGUACUGGUCCUCAAUGGCCUUAUGAGGAAUAAAUCUAUCUACAGUGACAAGUGCAGGCAUGUACCACCAAGAGUAGACCUUAAUGUGCCUGAUGAUGAUAAUCCUCUUACAAAAUUUUAUCGGACCAGAGAGGAAAUUGAAAAUAGAGGUAGCGAUAGAGGUGGCAAGAUACAUGAAUCUAUUUUUAAGCUCAAUAAAACAUUAUCAGAUGCAUUUGAUAAACAUUCAUCGAGGCAUAAAAUUGAUGACAUAUCAAAAGUACUUAAAGAUGAAACAGAUCAGCUAAAUAAAGUUAGCAAUAUUCUGAGAAAUGAAUUGCAUAGCAUUUCUAGAAAUGUGAAAAGCAACUACGAUGAUUAUUCGCCGACACACCGAGCAUUGUCAGAGAUGGAAGGGAUAGAAAAUUCUGAAAAUAAUGCGCCUCCGGAAAAUUAUGACUUAAGAAAAUCUCGAGUGGAUAUUCCUUAUAAAAAUACAAACGAAGAUACAGUUGGUUCCAAUUCUCAUAAAAUAAAGAAUCUAUUUGAUGAGACAGAAAAUUCUAACAAAAUUUUAUUAGCAGACGUGAAACACAAUUUUGAGUCUAUAAGGGAUGGCGUGGGAAACUAUGAGCAAGACUUCCCAAGAAAGAUUAACGAUGAAACCAACAUUAUUCAAAAAGAAAAAAAUAAGUUACAGGAGCAAGAUACCAUUUUUAAUAUAAAUAAUUAUGAAGACAAUAUGUUCUCACCGUUUUUCGAUCCAGAUGAGUAUAGCGAACCUCGAAAAAAAGUUUAUCACGAUGCACUAAGUAUAAUUCAAGGUAGUCAACAUAACGACAGAGUUCUAAAUGAUUUGUUUAAAACUUCACAUGCCGCUUCAGAUGUGUUCGCCGCCGAUCCAGAUGUGAUGAAAUUUUAAAAUAUUCAUCUUACCUACGCAACAGGCUUAACAUAUCAUUAUCUAAAAUAAAUGCAUUGAUUAUUCGUUA